GAAAAAAAAUGAGUCUCAGAAAAUCAUUGCGAUCGAGCUCAAGUUUCAUUAAUCCCGAUAGUGUUGCAAUAUAUUAUUGCCAAAAUAAGUUAGAUCCAGAGUUCUUAGUGAAAAAGUUUAUAAAUAGUGCUAUUGGUUUUGGUGUCUUUGUGACAAAAGACAUAUCUUCUGGAGAAUUUUUAUGCGAAUAUGAUGGCAUUUUAUCCGAUAAAGAGCCAAAUAAUAGUCAAACUAACAACUAUUUAUUUUCAAAUAUUGCUCAUUGCGGAAAAAAGUUUUAUUUAGAUGGCUCUAAUAGCAAACAAAUGGGGGCUUAUAUCAACGACACUUCUGUGCAAUAUCAAAACUGUAAUAUGAAAAAAGUUGUUGUGGAUAACAAGCCUUGUCUUUGUUUAUUUGCAAUUAAAGAUAUAAAGUCUGGCACGGAGCUUAGAUACAACUAUGGUGAUAAAGCAGAUAACUUAUGGUGGAGAACUGAUAAAACAUUACUCCAGCCUUAUAUCCUAUCGGAUGGAACUUGCGUUCCAGCUAUAAGCAAACAACACAGUUUAAAAGUUUCAGAGGUUUUGAAACUUAUGAAAAAUGAAUCCUUACCUGUCGAGAAAUCAAAGGUGGUUCAAAACACCAGCAAAGUCGAAUUCUCAAGCAAAUCACUCAAUCCUCCAUUUAUUAAAAUUGAGGACAAAUCUAGAUUGUAUAGGCCAAUGUACAAAGAAGAAAUUGAAUCUGGUUUUCCCUUAAUCUUUCAUUUAAAAGAAAGUUUCCAAGUCAAUUUAAAUAACGAAACUAUAACUAAAAAUUGCAAAUCUUACUGUGAGUGUUGUGAAGUUAAAUUUGAAGAUUUAAAAUUGCAUUUGAAUGGAAAUCAACACAGACAAUUUGCUUUAAACAGUAAUAACUAUGCAGGUGUUGAUGAUAUUAUAAAAAGUUUUUCUUUUGAAAAAUUUCUUUUGGAAAUUGAAAGUAGUUUAAAACAUAAUGUUACGUUAUCAAGUUUAACUUCUAUUGAAGAGACACAUGUUCAUUCCGAUAAUAAACAUAUAGUUAGUGAAGUUAGUGAAAUUAGUAGUGAUUUUGUUGAUUUUAGUUUAUCAAGUGAUAAAGAAAAACAUAAAGUAAAUGAAUACGAAAAAGUUGAUCCUGAAGUUGUAAAUUGUCUCUCUAUUGCUAAAAAUGAAAAUAUAACCAUAAAAAAGACUAUUCAAAGAGAAAAAAAGAUGUGUCCUGAAUGCAGUGCAAAUGUAUACAACAUCCCAAGACAUUUGCAGGGAAAACCCCAUUAUUGGUCAAAAGAAAAAGCUCUUGCUGCAAUUAGCAUAUAUGGACUUAGGAAAAAAAAAAUUUUAAUAACAGAACGAAAAUCAAAAAGUUAUCAUCGCAAGCGAACUUGUCCAAUAUCUUCUUGUUCAAAAGUUAUUUUGCAUUUAAAUGAACAUCUUUUAAAAGUUCAUAAACUACCCAGAAAUUCACAAUAUUAUACAUUGCUAAAAGAUGCAAAAGUAUAUGUUGAAAGCUCACAAAAUCAAAUUAAUAAUUAUGGCAACAUUGAAAAAAUUUCAACAGCUGCAAAACAAAUAAAUGAAAAAAGAGAACAGGUUCAACUUGUUCACAAUCAUAAUAAAAACUCAAAAAUUUCAGUUUUGGAGUUUAAUUUGGAUGAACAAUUUAAAACUGAUCAACCCCAAACUGAACUUCAAUGUGCACAAUAUGAACAAAACCAAGAAAAUCAUAAUAAUGAAUCAGAUUUAGAACAAUAUUCAGAUUUUUCUGAUUCACUAAAGUCAGAUGAUUCUGAAUAUAUACCUGAUGAAAUUUUAGAACCAAAGUGUGGUCCUUUUGUUGAAGGGCUUUUUGCACAAUUUCAUAAAUUUAUGAUUGGGCCUGAUAGAGGCAGAAAAGAGUUAUCGAUACAAAGUGUUGUUGGAAACGUAAGACGAAUUUUUGAAAUCAUUGGAGUCAACAAUGAUUUAAGAAUUGUUUUUUUAGAUAUUAGUAAAAGUGUAAGAGAUAAAUAUCUUACAACAUAUUGUGUUGAGAAAAGUAUAAAGCCUGGGGCUAUAAAAACAUAUUUAUAUUCAUUAAAAGAUUUUUGUGACUUUCUUUUAGCUGAAAAUAUAUUUUUAGAAGGUAUCACUAACCAACAUAUUAGUGAAGCUUCUAUGAAGUUAGAUCAAUGGAGGAAAAAAUAUAAAGCUCAUGAUAAAGUACAAAAACACAUACGAGCUGAAGAAGACUUUGAAAUGCUUAUUACUUCUGAGCAAGUUAGUUUAUAUGAAAAUAGUCAAUUUGCUAGUAAUGCCAGAAAUAUGAUAAAAUCAACUGAAAAUCUGCCUUUUUCACCAACAGAUUAUUGCUGUGUAAGAGACCAUUUACUAACUAUACUUAUAUUUUCUAAUGCGCCACGGUCAGGUGUCCUUGCUAGAAUGACUGUAACUCAGUUUGAAAAAGCUGUUAUUUCAGAUAAUCGUGCUGUAAUAAGUGUUAAAGACCAUAAAACAUUUUCUACUUAUGGAGCAGCGAAAAUACAGAUCCUAGAAGAACAUUAUAAAUGGGUAAACACUUUUAUAAAAAAGUUUAGAGCUUGUUUACCCAUUCAGUGCGAUAACGUUUUUCUUGCUCGGUCGGGGCGCCCACUUUCACCAGGAGAUAUUAGCAAACGCCUUGAUAAUUUGUGGAGGAAAUGCAGGAUUUUUAAUGGGCGCGUUAUUCCCAAACAUUUAUCGGCUAAUAUUGUUAGGAAAUCUGCUUCAACCAAUUUAAGAGAAGCAAACAGUAAAUUUGUGAAAGAAGCCGCAAAAGCAAUGAUGCACAGUGAUCGCACUGCUGAAGAACAUUAUGCCAUACCCAACAUGGUAAAAUCUGUUAAGUCUGGUCUAGAAGAAAUUCGGCAACAAUUUUACAGAUGCACUACGCCAAAUGACAUUUCAUUAAAAACAGAUGAUGCUGUAAAUAAAGACCCAAGUAUGGAAUCUCAUCCACUUAUUGGUGAUAAUACAGUUCAUCAAAAAUUAGAAAAAAAAGAAACAAUUAAUCAAACCUCAAACAUUAUAUCUACUAUCACUACUCCACACAAAAAAGCUUGGUUGCCAGAUGAAAUUAAAGUAUUGAAAGAGGUUUUCCCAAGCGAAUCACCAUCUGUUAAAGAAAUUAAAAAAGUUCAUUCACAUCUGAAUAUUGAUGCCUCGCCAAUACAAAUCUACAAUAAGUUUAGUAGCAUUCGCAGGUAUUCGCCACACUGCAAGGUUCGUUUUUUUUGUAUUUCAAAUUUCUCUCAAAUCAGCUCUCAAAUAGUUCUUAUUAAUUAAACUUUUAAUAAAAGAUUGAGAAUGCAAUUUAACACUAGAAUUAUAAAAAAGAAAAAAAUAAAGUUGCUUGUACAUGAAAAACCAUAUUAAGUUUUUAAAUUAACUUAUAUAAUCAUAUGGUAAAUCUUUUGCAACUAAAUGGUUUAUUAGCGACUCGGAGCAAUCAAUAAAUAAGUGAUUUGACAGCAAAAUUAUUGAUCAAAUGAUUAUAUGUUCUAAAGGAUAACUUUAUGUUUGGCUUACAAUUUGACUGGAAUAAAAAAUUUAAAAGCAAAAUAUACAAGUGAAAAUGUUGUGCAAGUUUAUGAAUUUAAGAGGUGAACCAGUUGCUGCUUUAUGUAAUUUAAUAAAAGCUUUUGGCUUCCUUGACUGGUACUUUUGAGUGUUUGAAAUCUACUAUGAAGAUAUUUUAAGUUUUACUCAGAAAUUUAUUUAAAAAAAAUAUAUUUCUGAGUAAAACUUAAAAUAUCUUGUUUAUUGACAAGAAUUGUAUGUAGCUUUUCUCAUCAAAAGUAAUAUUAUAAAUAUGGUUAUAUUGCCUAUAUCUUUUAUUUUAAUAAGUUUUUCAUAAGUUUGAGCACUCCAUUUGAAUCUAUUUUUCUUGAAGAAUGCACUUAUACAUUUUGUAAAGCAUCAAACUCAGAUUUUUUUUUUUUCAAUCAUAAGUCACAUGAUAUUUGCGGCAGUCAUUAUUGAUAGUUGAUUUUUUCAUCAAAAUUUUAUACAUAUGAUUUCUAUUUUUAUACAUAUAAUUAUAUUUCAGGAAAUAUGGUUUUGUGGUGUAUAGUGUAUAUUAUAUAUCUUUAUUCUAUCAUUUUUAGUGUAGUUGAUUUUUACUUUCCACUAAUAUUAAAUUUAUGUGCAAAAGAUUUACAAUGGAUUAUUUUUAAAUUUUUAUUUGGUUCACCAAAAUCUCUGAUCAAAAUAUUCUUCAAUAUUCUAAUCAAAAUCUCUUUUCAAAGUAUUCAAAAUCUCUGUAAAUAUUGUAAAACACUAAUUUAAAUAAACUCAGUUAAUUUUACUUUAUAAAUUGUUAGGAAUCUAAACGAGCACUUUUUUCCAAAAGUCGUAUGUGCAAAUGGAAACCACAUCAUAUUAACACCCUUCGAACUGUGGGGGCUGAUUUACUCUCAGGCAGUUCCCUUUCUGCAAGUAAAAUAGAAGAAGUGCUUAAAGGAACAGAAGUAUGGACUGAUUUUUCUAUAGCACAAAUUCGAACACGUGUGAAGCACGAGAAAGAUAUAUUUGCGAAGACUUGCAUUUGAUUUCACAAUUGUGAGUCUUCACAUUAAAAACUUAGUCUUCACAUUAGAAACUUAGUUUUAUAUUUUUUUAGGUUUUUAGUAAUAGUUUUGUUGGCAAGUUUAUUUAUGGAAUUGUCUUAAUGUUAUUUGUUUUGUUUUUUAACAAAUUUAGUUUAUUUUCUAGUUUUAAAAUAUUUAAGUAGCAUUUGUUAGCUUUGCAAAAUGACAACUUCAAAUUAAAUUUUGCUACUGCUGUAGUUUUUCUUGAGGUUUUGUUGAUAUUUCAGUAUUAUGCUUUGUAUAACUUGAGAGAGUGCUUUAACUAGUUUUACUUAGAUAAAUCCAGCAAAAUAUAAAGGCUUUAUGUAGACAAAGUUUGUGGUAUUUUUUUGGUUUUGUAAUCUAAAGUACAAAAAUGUACUGUAUAUCACUUAUUAAUAAAACCAAAGUGAAUUCAAUCGUUUACCAAGCUUUUUCGAAAACAUGACUAAUUAUUACAUACUUUACCAUACACUGUUAUAUCUAGUAUUUUGAUAAAUUUAUUAUUAUUUAUUUUUAGGUAAUUUUUAUUCAACUAAGUAUUCUAUCAAAUUUAUUAGAGAAAAAUCCAAGCUGAUCAUAAUUCUUCAAUGUGAACUUCUUAAAAGUUUACUUUUUAUGCAGCAAAAUAAAUUUAAAACACAAAAAAGAAAAACCCCAGAUUUAACAGAAGGAGUUUAAAAAUAAAUGCAACAUAUGAAGGCGAUGAUGACUCAAGAAAACGUUGCUCUUUUCAAAUGCAAGAGGUCAAACUUUUGAUAAAGUUAGUGCUUAUCUUCAAAACCCUUGCAUCUCACACGGUCAACUCGAUGUUACAUGUUAAAGAAUAAGAUCGUUUAAUACCUUAUUUAAAAGAAGUUACAAAAAAAAUCCGUUUGCUUUUAUAUAAAAAACCAGAUCGUUUGAUCGUUUGUUUUUGCAAGUUGUUAAACAUUUAUUACAAGGCAUUAUUUUUACACACUCCUUUGAUGCCUAAUUAUGUCUGAUAAUUUAAGAAAUGAAAUUGUUAGACUUCGUUGAAAUGAAAUAAGGCAAGCUUGGCGAGCUGAGAUAAACCGCCGUCGAAAUGAAAGAUAUGAGCCCAAGCGAGCUGAGAUAAAUUGUCGUCAAAUUGAAAAAGAUAAGCGCAGACGAGCUGGAAUAAACCGCCGUCGUAAUGAAAGAGAUUACCCCAGGCGAGCUGAGAUAAUCGUUUUAUUAUCUCUGAAUUAAAGUGAUAAUUGGGGACAUUGUAAGUACAUAUUAUCAUCUAAUUAAGUAAGUACAUAUUAUCAUCUAAUAUGUACUUACAGUGUAAAAGAACUUAAAAUUCAGUUAUUCACUUUGUAUGUUCUUUAUCGAUGUGUCCAUAUCUGGUCAAGAAAACAUUAAUAUAUUUAUUAAAAGAAUCAUUUUUGUUAUAAAUUAACGUUUUACUAUAUAUGUAUUUUUUGUUUUAUUUAUUUUUAUAAUAUUACCUUAAUUAUCUCAUGAUGAUAAAGUUAUUUUUCAUGUUUAGCUGCAAAUAUUAAGUAUUACAAACAUUUUAAAUUUAGUUGUUAUUUUAUUUCUUUAGUUUUACUUUGGUGCUUUACCGACUAUCAUAAAAUUACUUUGUCUACUGUUAAAAUAUGGUUUAAACUUAGUAAACUUUAAUUAUUUAAAAUUUACUAUGUUGAUCAUUAGCUAAUACUUUUAAAAUAAACCUGUUUGUUGCAAUUAAGUUAAAAAUAGUUUUAUUUUUUAUUCAAUUUACAUAUUUUGUUUGCACUGAUAGCUGUUAAGUUUUUGUUAUUUUGUGUUAUAGCUAAUUAUUUUGGCAUUUUCUUUUCUUUCAGAUUUUGACUAAUAACAAUGCUUUAGAAAAAACAUCAGCAACAGAUAAAUUGGUUUGUAGUGUUAAUAACAUAUUUCAGAACAAAUAGAGAGACCCUAACCCACAUCUCCUAAGGUGGGGGCCCAAGUUUAGGGCAAAAGCUCAACCCUCCUUUUGUGUGUGGAUCCUGCUGAAAGUAAAAUAUGAGGAGAUGGAGAGCGGUGGGAAAAUAAUACGCUACAUCUUAGUAAUUUUUAUAGUUGGUUAAUCUACCAAUUGUUAAUUGAUGAUGCAGAUGCAGUUAAAUUUUUUUCUGCAAAUAUAACUUUUCUUUACA